AUGCCUGCCGAAGUCUCCGAUAUCAAGCAGUUCAUUGAGAUCUGCCGCCGGAAGGAUGCCUCCUCCGCCCGCAUCAAGAAGAACGGCAAGACCCAGCAGACCAAGUUCAAGGUCCGCUGCCACCGCAACCUUUACACUCUCGUCCUGAAGGACUCCGACAAGGCCGACAAGCUCAAGCAGAGCCUGCCCCCUGCCCUCAAGGUCGUCGAUGUCUCCAAGGGCACCAAGAAGACCAACUAA